CCCAUUAUGUGGACAAUUUAUAGCCAGAAGGUUAAAUACAAGCCUUGUUUAUAGGUACUGGAGAAGAGCACUGGCGGCCAUUUUGACAAGGAAGUAGUGUGUGAUUUUGAGACCGAUUCAAGGUUUCCCAGUGCUUGUAGCUUGUUUAUAUCCUGACCCUGUACUCAGUCCAGGCUGCAGUAUCAGCUGCCAUGCCGUUUGUGUGUAUUUUCGGUACCCGGCUGUUCGGGGCCUGCGACUACUUCACUGUGGAGGGGCGGGAGAUGUACGUGCGAACCAAGUUCUACCACUUCAACUUCAUGCCGUGUGGGGCAGAGGAGAGUUUGCUGUUCCUGCCAGACGGGCGAGCUAUCAAACUUCCCGAAGUGGUUGGCAGGUCCGUGGGGUGGGCGUGGCUUCGGUACCUGGCCUGGGUGGUCUUUAUCACCUUCAUGGGUGUGGCUGUCGUCUUCCUUACAACGGGGCUUACAGCGGUGUGGCCGUGGGCACUGGUCGCCCUGUCCGUCGUGUGUCUGGGUGUCGCCAUUUUCGUCACGGUCUACAAACCAAAAGCCAGCGAAGAGAGCAAGCAGGAGUACCUCAACAUGGUCGGCCAGAUGGUCGCCCGGCGGUACCGACGUCGGCAGAUGGCAGCUGCAGCGGCGGUUCACGGUGGUCCGGCUCACGAGGUGGUGGCCAUCGAACAGCCGCCAGCCUACCCCGGCCUGCAUAGGAACAACGUCAAUGCGACCCCCACCGGUGUAGCUGAAGCUGGUAGUAGUGGUAGUAGUGCUGCUGGUAUUCCCACUGCUGUCCCCGUGACCACUGGGUACCCCAACACUGCUGUUCCAACCACUGGGUACGCUGUCCCAACCACUGGGUACCCCAACACUGCUAUCCCAACCACUGGGCACCCCAACACUGCUGUUCCAACCACUGGGUACCCCACCACUGCUGUCCCAGCCACUGGGUACCCCGACACUGCUGUCCCAGCCACUGGGUACCCCAACACUGCUGUCCCAACCACUGGGUACCCCAACACUGCUGUCCCAAUCUUGAUCACUGGGUACCCCAAUAAUGCUGUCCCAAUCAUGAUCACUCACUACCCCAACACUGCUGUCCCAACCACUGGGCACCCUAAUAAUGUGGUUUAAAUGUAAGAUGAUGGCUGCUACUGUUUGAAAUUGAUAGCAAAAAGUAUCUGUCUGUAUCUGUAUCUGUAUCGGUAUAGCCGGUAUAACUGCCUUCGGCGUAACACACCCACUUUGCGGGCACGAACUUGGGUUGUUCCCAACAGAUAUAGAUGUAUCCGUCCGUGUAGUUAAAUAUUGGUUAAGACUCAAACAACUGGAUACUCUCACACACCCCUUACAGGUAGAUGCAUUACUCUGUCAGCAACACAAUAUGGGAAAUAGUAGUAAGAAAAGCUGGCUACACCAUGUCAAAGAAAUAAUUAACAAUGUAGGCUAUUCUUUUUUAUGGAACACCAACCACUGUACUUUAGACAACAAGAGUAUAUGUACAUUGUUGAAGAGAAGACUAACCGAUAUGUAUGUUCAAACGUUCUUUCACCAAUUGUCUGUAGAUAACGGCAAGCUAAGAUUUUACAAGACUCUCAAAUCCGACUACUCUAUGGAAAAAUACCUAUACCACAAUGAAUUUGACGAGCGAGCUGCCAUGUGUAAGAUUAGAAUAAGUGCGCAUCCACUAGAGAUAGAAAAAGGCCGCUAUAGAAAACUACCUGUGCA